AACUUGGGUCACUUUAUAUGCAGAUUGGAGUGUUUACAGCAAGACACAAUAAAUGCACAGUUCACCACAAUAAAGUUGAACAGUUGUAUUGAGCAUCUGCUCUCUUCGAUUUUGCUACUUCCUUCCUUUUUGACAGUGAGGACAUUCACGACUGCCAAAGACUGCUCAACCUCGCAUUCUGAGUCGGAAUAAGCCGUGAAAGACUUUCUAACUAAUUGGAUACCAGCUAAUCGUUAGAUAGAAGCGGAUUUCCAUAGAAAUCUCUCCGCAAUUGUAGAUGUUCAUUAGGUGCUAUAGAGACUAAGAAAAAACACUGAUAUUCCUCGUCAGUCAUCAGAAUGGAGCUUGAAGUGGAGGGGAAGUCAGAUUCCUCGGAUUCUAUCUUCGAGGAUGAGGCCACGGAGACGGGAACAAACCUGAAGGACGCCAACUCAAACAUCAAGUUGGACCCGAAGGAAAGUGUUGAGAAAGUCCGAGAUAUAAUUCAGGCGGAGUCCGAACGCUACCUCGAGGAAGCCAAGAGAUAUGUGGGACACUUUCAGCGAUAUUCCAAUAAAAUGUCCCGGAAUAUCUCGACGGGCCUGAACCUUUCCGGUGUUGAGAUUCCCUCGCAUGAAGUAAUCAUGGAACAGAGCAAGGACCUGUGCCGGGACUACGUUUUUGGUCGGCUAAAGAGGCAGGGCCUGACCAGCAAGAAGAUUAUCGCGCCACCCGAACCCACGGAGGUUUCGGAACAAAUCCAAAUGGUCGGAUUGGAACUGGAAAAGGCCUACCCAGACUUAUACAAGGGCGUGUCGCGUCAGCUGAACAUUACCAUGAGCACCGAGGACAUCGUGAGGCGAACAUUUACGCAAAUAGCGGAGUACUUAUUCCGAGGGGAGCCGAACUGGGGCAAAAUUGUCAGCCUGUUUGCCGUGGCCGGUGCAUUUGCCGCCGAUUGUGUUCAACAAGGACACCCGGAAUAUGUGAACAAGAUUGUUGAUGCAUUUGGGAACUUUGUGGGGAAAAAUGUUGCCGAUUGGGUCGCACAUCAAGGAGGCUGGACUGAUAUUAUACGGUGCUCAAAGGGAUGUAAAGACAACAGCCUGGUGUGGGCUCUGGGAUGCAUUGGUGCUCUGGUCGGCUUCGUGGCCACGCUAAUGAUAACGGUGCAACUAUAAAGAUGACUAUCCGUAUAAAGUGCAAAUAAAUGGUGAUUGGAGUGCAACAACGAUGGACUCGAUGCAGCGGAUUUAUUACCAAAGUGACUUCACCGACCUCUAGUUUAUGCGGAGACUUCCCGUAGUGUACAGUUUCUGUUUAUGACGAUGCUCCAAAAAGUCUAUUGCAUUUUCCCUUACGUUAAACAGGGGAUGGUGGUUGGGAUUCUUUUUUCGAUAGGACUGACCAACAUGCUCAAGCUUUGGGGAUGAUGACACAUGGCCCUUCAUCCCAUUUACUGAAUGAAACUGCUGUAAUUUACCUGCUCCGUAUCAGUAUUACGAAAUGUUUAUGAUAUGUAAAUAUUUAUCGCGUUACAUCUAUGUUUAGGCUGUUUACAUGUAUAUGUCGGAUGGGCCACAAAAUACGAGUGCACUAUACUAUAUAUUAAUCAUAAUUGGGCAAUAACCUAUGAACAGUUUCAUGUGAUCUUUCAAGUUGGAUUCCUGUCACGAAAUUUUGAAACAGUUCUCUCUUCAAUUGGACCUAAACUUGUCACUGAACGUGUGAAAGAGGUACGAAUUUGUCUGAAAAGCGCAGUCUUACCGUAUUAACUUUGUAUCAUUCCAUUUCUUGUAGUGAGCUAAAUUUUGUGGCCCAUCCCUUACACCACUGUAUACAGCUCAUGAAGAAGUCAGCCACUGUGUUUGGUAUGGCGUCUUGACAUGUGUGAACGAUGGGUUAGUGAUGUCUGUGUGUGUGAGGAGGGGCGGGGAGGGGGUAAACAAAUGCAUAGUCUUCAAAUUGGGAACCAUAUCGGCAAACUCUCCGUGCGAUACUUUUGAAAUUGUAACUAUGUUUGAUGUUCUUGUUCAAUAAAUAAGCAUUAUUUC